GUCUUUACCUAUCUCUAUAUAUAUUAAUCUGUCAUUGAAACUCAAAAGCUGUUGGUAUAGAAUUCAACUCGUAAUAGAUGGAGACACACUUUAUUCCUGCACAUUUGUCCAUUUGAUGAAAAAAGCAAAUUAUGGGAAAAACUACUCGUGUAAUUAUUUGUGGGAUGAAAAGUGUUGGAAAAACAUCUUUACUAGAACAAUUAGUUUAUGGAAAUAUUACACCAAAGUCGAAAAUAUAUCCUACAAUCGAGGACAUUUAUGUAAUAAAUAUUGAAACAGAUAAAGGUAUUAAAGAAAAAAUAAGAUUUUAUGACACAGCAGGAUUAGAACCUUUACAAACUAGUACAAAUAGUGAACAGUUAGCAAGACAUUACCUUGGUUUUGCAGAUGGUUAUAUAUUAAUGUAUGACACCUGUAAGUCAGAAUCUUUGGAUCUCUUACUAUCUAUAAAAAAGGAUAUAGAAAAAUAUAAAGAUAAAAAAGAAAUAAUAAUUAUAGUAAUUGGUAACAGAACAAUGCUUAAUACAGAUAAUUAUAUAGAAAAUACUAUUAAAGCUACAAAUUGGUGUAUUCGAGAAAAAAUAAAACAUUUCGAAGUUAAUGUAAUGUAUAGACCAAGUUUGUAUGAAGCACUAAUUCAUUUAUCUUCACGAUUAAAUCCAGUACCUAACAAAGGUACAUUUCCACAACUAAGUAUGGGUCGGAAAAUUGGAAAAGCAGAAUAAUCAUACAAUAUAAAAAUCAUUUUUAUAAUAGUGAGAUAAGGAAACUAUA